CUGGAGGCGGCCAUGGCAAAGCAGUACGACUCGGUGGAGUGCCCCUUUUGUGAUGAGGUGACCAAAUAUGAGAAGCUCGCUAAAAUCGGCCAAGGCACCUUCGGGCCGCACCGCAGCCCGCCCGUGCCUGACCGAGCCGGCUGGCGGGGAGGAGCCUGAGGCCCUUGAUGGGAGGCAGGGAGGGGUUGCAGAGAGGAGCCUGUGAGUGGAGCGGGAUCUCUCCCAGCAGCGGCGCCUGGGUGAGGAGAAAGGGCAAAGGGAAGGAAAUAGAGGCUCGGAGAGGGACCGAAGAUACCGCGCGUUGGUGUAGCCGAGGGCCCUCUGUACCCGGCCCAGCCCCGCCCGGGAUUCCCUUUCCUGCCCUCCUCUGGUGGGGGCGGGGCGGGCCCUGCGGAAACGGCCUCAAGAGUCCUCUUGGGUCCCCCUUUCGGCCUGCAGGGAGGUGUUUAAGGCAAAGCACCGCAAGACCGGCCAAAAGGUGGCUCUGAAGAAGGUACUGAUGGAGAACGAGAAGGAGGGGUUCCCCAUCACGGCCUUGCGGGAAAUCAAGAUCCUCCAGCUCCUAAAACACGAGAACGUGGUCAACCUGAUUGAGAUCUGUCGCACCAAAGCUUCCCCCUAUAACCGCUGCAAAGGCAGCAUAUACCUGGUGUUUGACUUCUGUGAGCAUGACCUCGCCGGGCUGCUGAGCAACGUCUUAGUCAAGUUCACGCUGUCAGAGAUCAAGCGGGUCAUGCAGAUGUUGCUCAAUGGCCUCUACUACAUCCACAGGAACAAGAUCCUGCACCGGGACAUGAAGGCGGCCAACGUGCUCAUCACCCGCGACGGGGUGCUGAAGCUGGCCGACUUCGGGCUGGCCCGGGCCUUCAGCCUUGCCAAGAACAGCCAGCCCAACCGCUACACCAACCGUGUGGUGACGCUCUGGUACCGGCCCCCGGAGCUGUUGCUCGGGGAGCGGGACUACGGCCCCCCCAUCGACCUGUGGGGUGCCGGGUGCAUCAUGGCGGAGAUGUGGACACGCAGCCCCAUCAUGCAGGGCAACACGGAGCAGCACCAGCUUGCCCUCAUCAGCCAGCUCUGUGGCUCCAUCACCCCUGAGGUGUGGCCAAACGUGGACAAGUAUGAGCUGUUUGAGAAACUGGAGCUGGUCAAGGGCCAGAAGCGGAAGGUGAAGGACAGGCUGAAGGCCUACGUGCGUGACCCCUACGCACUGGACCUCAUCGACAAGCUGCUGGUGUUGGAUCCCGCCCAGCGCAUCGACAGUGACGAUGCCCUCAACCACGACUUCUUCUGGUCCGACCCCAUGCCCUCGGACCUCAAGGGCAUGCUGUCCACCCACCUGACGUCCAUGUUCGAGUACCUGGCCCCGCCGCGCCGGAAGGGUAGCCAGAUCACCCAGCAGUCCACCAACCAGAGCCGCAAUCCAGCCACCACCAACCAGACGGAGUUCGAGCGCGUCUUCUGAGGGCCGGCUGCUGGUGCUUCUCGCUAGGGCUGUUUGAUUUUUUCCUUCUGCUCUGUGAUUUGCGUUGUGGAGAUGAUGGGGCAUUUGAGUUUUUUCUCUAGUGCAUAUUUUAUUUAAUCCCCGCCGGGGGCGUCGGGAGCCCGCCGAGCGGACUGGAAUAAAGCUGUGGCUGAGAGUCCAGGAGGGCACCUGGGCUGCCUCACCUUGUUCCCAGGCUUUGGGGACGAUGCCCAGAGGGUCUCCAUUGACUUUAGGACAGGAGUGCGGUGGGAGGAGCGGUGCCCCGCACCAGUGACUUUCUAAGAGAUCCCAGCAUGCUGGGAGGAGGGGACAGGCCCCUCACCCGUCCCCAACCCUCCCUGUGGGAUGAGAAACUUGCUUAGGGGACCGACCAGCCUCGAGAAUGGGCUGUUCUUGGCCUCACCCUCAGAAGCUCUGAGGCUGGCAGGAACUCUUGGUUUUUUUCACUAGGAGAGUUUUAUCGUAUUUCUUUUGUUUGAUUGUUCAGAGACAUUCCUGGCUGCAGUUUGGUCAGUUACAAUUAAAGUUGACUUUUUCAGUAA